AUUGUAUACAUUGCCCGAAUUUUCCACUUUGCCCGUAACAUAUAUAUUUCAAUUAGAUAGUCUACAUUUUAGAUAGCUAUAAUUUCUAGACUAGAAAAAUCGGUGAAAUUACAGUCAAUGCCGGGCCAUGCAUGGCUCUCAUUAAAAAUUUUUUUUCUUAUAUAAUAAUAGGAAUAUUCUUCAUUUGUUCCUUUUCCUGCUUUUCAUAUUAUUUUUCAUUACCUACAUUGCGCUGCUCCCGACUCUCUUAUCGUUGGGCCAUCCCUGGUAUCUAUAUGGCUACAUAUUAUAACUAUACUACUAUAGGCAAGCCUGGGCAAUAAACAAGUUAAAAAGUUAAUUUUAGUGUAUAGGUACCUAUUAUGCAGUUAUACUAUAAAUGACACAUUUCUUUUCUUUUCCUUGUAAAAGCUAUCAAGUUAGUACAAUGGACGGUGAUAAAUUAUCCAAUGAAGCUCAGGAACUUGAAAAAAGAUUUCUUCAAUACAAACAAUUUUGGGAUAAUUUAAUGCAGCAAUCAAAUUUACUGGAUAAAGAAAAGUUGUCGCUGUGUGAUCAAUUAUGUAAAUUGAAUUUCAAAAUUAACGAUUUACAAAUAAACAAAACCCAACUUGAUGAACUAAAGCUUAAAUUAGAAAUGGAUGUGGACGAAUUAUCUGAAAAAAGUAAACAGUAUGAAUUUUUGAAAACUCAUCUUGAAGUUCUAAAUCAACGCAAAGAUCAUUUGGAAAAAUAUUCAUUAACAAAAGGAUUGGAAUUUGAAGAAAAUAUGUUAGAACAUAAAAUAGAUAAUGUUUGGAAAUAUUUCAAUAAUAAGAAUUCUAAAUUGGAUGAUGAAAUUAAAGAUUUAGAGUUGAAAUUGGCUAAUCGCCAGGAGAUGGUGUCUAAAAUGUUUAAGAAAGAAUGUAACCACUACAAGAGAUCUAUAGAGAAGCUUAUUAAUGAAAACAGUGUAUUAAAUAAAAAGUUAAGCUUGAUUAGUAAGAUCAGAGAAGACUCAAAUGAAUAACCUAUAUGAUAACUUUAGUAUAUUGUUUAAAUAAGUAUUAAGUAAUAAUAAUUCUUCUUUAUAAAUAUUAUGCAAUAUUUAAUGCAAUAUUUAAUGCAAUUGUAUAAUAAUAAGGAUUUAAGAUAUAACUAAACGUUGUAAUUAAUUGUGUUUAUUUUUCACUUAUCAUAUUAUGUUAUACAUUAUAAACUAAAAUCAAAUUUAUAAAACAUUUUCAAUUGAUUGUAGUUUAAUACAAAAUUUUUUUAAUAUGAAAUUUGCUAUCAACAAAUACUGUUUCUUGUAAAAUCGUUCUGUUGAUUUAUGUUGACACUAAAUGCUUAUUAUUUAUUAUUUCAAUAGAUACAUCUUUCUUAUUAUGUGCUGUUUCAAUUAUACAACAUGUGAAAUGUGAAAAAUGAAAAUAAUAAGUUUACUGUGAAGAAUUUUUAUUGUUUAUUUUUUUCGUAUUCUGUACCACAAAAUUAGUUUUAAAAAUUUUUUUUUUGUUUAUUUAUUAAAAAGUUGAGCAUUUCAUUUUUAUUACAAUGAUUUAUUAUUAUUAUUUUUGAAUUUAAUUACCAUCUGUUGUCUACACGAACUACCAUAGAUAGUUCACAGAGUUUGUUGCACAUUAGGUUGGCACUGUAGCUCUCUAUUUCUUAAGAUUGGAAUAAUACUUCUAAUAAGUUCUAAAAAUAUUUUAUUACAAUAACCUAUUUACCAGGACAAACUUGAGGACUGAGAUAAUCAUGAAUCAUCAAGUUAUUAAAUAUUCAUUUUUUAAUCAUUUUAUAAUAUAAAAAUAUAAUAUGAAAUAUUGAUAUUACAAAUUUAACAGUAUCACAAUAAUUAUGCCGAAUUACAUAAGCAAUUACUUAAUAUUUAAUGAAUCAAUGGUGACUGAGCUAAUGGUCACUUUAACAUAAUUUUCAAGUGAUUGUCAUGUCUGGUUCAUUACGUUUUGACAAAUCAAAUUAAAUAUUUUUUAAAUAAUCUGGCAUUAAAUGUAUAAAAAUAUAAUAAAUGGAGCACAUUAAAUUAUAAAAACUUUUAAAUAUUAGUUUCAUAUGACAUUUUUCUCAAUGACUA